UUGCCCCAUGCUUAAGGACACUGCAGUAGGAACAGCCAUGUAGCUUUGGUAUUGAGGAGUCUUUGUUGAAUGAUUUAUUUUUUGAAGACACGUUGCUUGUCAGACAACUACACAUUCACACAGUCUCACACAUUAGCUGACCAUUAACCAACAGGAUUUAACAGAAUGAAAAAGACCCGUGGCUCACUGUCUAACAAACAUCUUGUGUGCUUUGUGGUAUUUUCUGUCAAUCAAGUCAUCAUCAUACAGCAUAUAUUUCCAAGAUGAAGUUUGAUAAUGUGAUGGCAGAAAUCAAUGGCUUUGGGAGAUUCCAACAAAGGACGAUCUUUUUGCUGGUAAUUCCUCGUAUGACUUUGCCUUUCCACUUCCUGCUGAAUAAUUUCAUUGCUACUAUUCCCCCUCAUCACUGCGACAUCAGCACUCUGGAUGAUGGAGGCCUUUUUAGGAACUUAUCUCUGGAGGAGAGGCUCGCUGUUAGUGUUCCCAUCCAGCAGGAUGGGAGCCCCAACUCCUGCCAAAUGUUUGCAGAGCCUCAGUAUCAUCUGCUGCUUAACUCUUCGUCCAACUUUACUGAUCUUCCCAUGGUGCCGUGCCAGAACGGAUGGACGUUCGACACCACCAUCGUCAAGUCUACUCUGGCCACGGAGUGGGAUCUAGUCUGUGAUAAGAAACCAGUCAACAGAGCCACAGCCACUAUUUUCUUCAUUGGCGUUAUGGUUGGAGCAGCAGUAUUUGGCUAUCUUAGUGACAGGUUUGGCCGGAAAAAAAUGCUUCUCUUGUCCUACAUUAUAACUGCCCUCUUUGGAUUUGCAAGUGCUUUUGCAUACAAUUUCCCCAUGUUUGCUGCCAUGAGGUUCUUUACUGGACUUGGACUUUCUGGAAUAAGUAUAAUCAGCGUGGUCCUCAAUAUCGAAUGGGUGGACAUCAAGCAUCGGACAGGACUUGUUGUUUUAAUGAGCAUGGACUGGAGUCUUAAUACUGCUGUGCUGCCUAUUCUGGCCUAUUUUGUGAGGGACUGGAGGUACCUGACUGCCACUGUAACCACCCCGCUGCUGGUGGCGAUAAUUUGUUGGUGGUGGCUCCCUGAGUCUGCCAGAUGGCUGAUAAGUAACGGAAAAGUGAACGAUGCUCAUUUUUACCUCACUAAGUGUGCCGAAGUCAACAACAGAGAGGAGUUCAUGGCCGACCUGACACCUGAGGUUCUGUCCAAAGUAAUCAUUGUAGAAAAGGAAAACAGAAAAUAUUCCUAUCUGGACCUUGUGAAGACUCCCAAAAUGAGAGCACUGACUUUAUUUAGUGGCAUUGUGUGGUUUGGAGUGGCCUGUACCUAUUAUGGAAUCAGCCUGAACGUCUCUGGAUUCAGUGUGAACAUUUAUCUGACUCAGUUCAUCUACGGCGCAAUAGAGAUCCCAGGAAAGCUAAUUGUCCUUUACACUUUAAACAAAAUAGGUCGAAGGUGGACUCAGGUUGGAAUGCUCGUCCUGACUGGACUGUGCAUUUGCGUCAACCUGUUUAUCCCUCAAGAUUUGGGGAACUUUCGGACAGCUGUGGGAGCUUUGGGCAAGAUGUUCUCAGAAGCAUCUUUUACAGCGAUAUAUCUGUACACUUCAGAGCUUUACCCCACAGUCAUGAGGCAAAACGGACUUGGUUACUGCUCCUUCAUGGGCCGUAUAGGCGUGUCUGUAUCCCCCCUGAUGAUACUUCUUGAAGAUGUGUGGGCCCCUCUGCCAAGCAUUGUUUUUGCCCUGGUGGCUUUUACUGCAGCACUGUCAGCUUCUUUUCUAGCUGAGACACGAAACAUCUGUUUGCCAGAAACUAUUGAGGAUGUGGAACAGAGGAGGUACUGGGUUUUUAUUUGA